AUGGCAUCACAGGGUCGACCUCGCCUUGGAUGGCUGGGGCUUGGAUCCAUGGGAUUGGCCAUGGCUAUCAACAUGCAGAAACAUGUAAACGACAACGGACUUCCACCCUUGAACUAUUGGAACCGUACACUUUCAAAAGGCGAACCUCUCAGAGCAAACAAAGCCAGGCCAUGUCAUUCAAUCAAGGAAUUAAUCCAGAUGUGUGACAUAAUCUUCAUUUCCGUACCCAAUGCCCCCCUCCCUCUCAUGAGAUGCAAAAAAAAGUGUAACAAACGGUCCCAGGUCAGCGACGAUGAGGCUCUCCAGACAGUCAUAUACUCGAUAAUUGACAGCGGGCCCAUCACCUCCAAGAUCAUUGUGGAUAACACCACCGUCCACCCCUCCACCACAUCAUCCAUCCACACGCAAAUCCACAAACACGGCGCCUCCUACAUCGCCGCCCCCGUCUUCGGCGCCACUCCCCUCGCACAAGCCGGAGGCCUCCUCGUCGCCAUCGCCGGCCCCACCCAAGCCCUUGAAACCAUCUCACCCUUCCUCAAAGGUGUAAUCGCCCGCGCAGUCAUCCACGUAGGCACCGAACCCGACAGCGCAUUGCUGCUGAAGACGACUGGCAACUUCAUCACUGCGGGACUCAUGUACCUCCUCAGCGAGGCACAUACAUUUGCUGCGAAGACUGGUCUGCCGGCUGAUGUUCUCGAGAUGCUGGUGGAGCAGAACUUUGGUGCAUAUGUGCAUGGCGUGUCGAGGCGGUUGACUUCUGGUUCAUAUUUCCCUCCAGAGGGGCGGGCGCCGAGUUCGGGGCUGGAGUUGGGGAUUAAGGAUGUUGGGCAUGGUGUUGGUCUUGCGACGGAGAAGGGGAUGAGGUUGGAGAUUGGUGAGCUUUAUCUGGAUGCGGCGAGAGAAGCGAAAGCGUAUGGGGAUGAGAGGGGGAGGAGGUGUGACAGUAGUAGUGUGUUUGGGAUUGUGCGGCGGAGAGCAGGGCUCGAAUUUGAGACGGAUGGAGUAAAGAAUAGGGAUGAGGGGGCGAGUGGAUGA